CUGUCGUUUCUUAAUUUAUGCUUGCGAGUUAUUUUCAUUUCGUUCUUCAUUUCAAAUUAUGGUUUUAGGUACUAGGUGGUCAUUCACUUUUAUUGGAUUUUCACUCUUUGGGUUCCGGUUGAUGGAGGCAGCUGAUUUUUUUUUUUCAUAUUUUCAUCUUGGUUUGCUUUCUUCUAACCAAAUCGCAUUUAGUUGGUUUCCCGCCAUGAGUAAUAGUAGAGUUGUAUGUAUACUUUGUAGAUAAAAAGGGAUGCUUUCUUGCACAUAAGUGACUCUUUUGUGCUUGAGGUGAUUAUCUUGUUAUAUAAAUUGUGUCAUGGUUGUAAAUGAUUGUGACAAAUUUAAAGUCCAAACUUUCUUAAAAGCAGCUGCAUAAUAAGGGAGGAUUAUAUUAGGUUGCAUCUAUGAAUAUUACAUCAUUUUAAUCUAAUGUCUCCAUUUUGCCCCACCUAGUUCUCAUUGGCUGAAAGUUGUUGUCUAUGCUGGAUUUACUUGCUCUACAAUCUCCUGUUCUGAGUGUGAAAAACUUUAUGGUGUCCAGUGAAAAAUUUGGCAUCUUUUGUCUUUUCUUUUUCCUUUUUGUUUUCCCUUUCAAGUUUAAGCUCAACUGCUGGAUUGGAUAUUUCUCUGGCUGUUGUGAGUUGAAUGUACUUGGCAUUUUACUUUCAUGGUUGAAGAUUUGUAUUAAAAGGAAGCAUUGCAGGGUUUUUAAGUCUCAAAUUGAUGUUUCUCCCUUUUUUCAUCUUUUCAGGUGUUCUAAAUAACAGAAAUAAAAGAUGAUUAUCCUUCAACAACAAGUUCAAGCUAUACAUCUUCCUUCUUCCUGUUCUAUUCCAUCUCCAUGUGACCAGUUCCCGCGGCAAAGACGUCAGCUGCUCGCUUCUUCAUCCGUCAAGCACAAUGACUUCGUGCAUGUUAUUUGUUCUACAAGAUCUGUUACUGUUCUCUCUAAUACUAAAAGAUUCGGUGGUCGAGGUAGAAAAAAAGUUGAGUCUGUGCCUCAAAAUAUGGAUCUUCCACCCUCACUUCCUAGGAACAAGAAGAAGCCAUAUCCCAUACCUUUAAAGAAGAUUCUGGAGGCUGCCAGAGCUGAUAAGAAGCUUGCAGAUUUGGGAAUUGAGAAGCCUCUUGAGCCUCCUAAGAAUGGAUUGCUCGUCCCUGAUCUAAUUCCCAUUGCUUAUGAAGUAUUGGAUGCUUGGAAAAUUCUAAUUAAAGGCCUUGCACAGCUCUUGCACGUUGUUCCUGUUCAUGCUUGUAGUGAAUGCUCUGAAGUUCAUGUAGCUCAAGCGGGUCAUGAUAUUCAAGAUUGUCGUGGACCUUCCAGUGGAAGCCGCAGAAGCUUUCACCUGUGGGUGAAGGGGUCAAUCAACGAUGUCCUUCUCCCUGUGGAAUCAUACCAUAUGUAUGAUCCAUUUGGCAGACGAAUUAAACAUGAGACUCGGUUCGAGUACGACCGAAUUCCAGCAGUCGUGGAACUUUGUAUCCAAGCUGGUGUGGAUUUACCUGAAUAUCCUUCUCGGCGGAGGAUAAAACCUAUUCGCAUGAUGGGAAAAAAGGUAAUUGACAUAGGAGGAUUUGUUGAGGAACCACAACUUGUUGGGAAAUCUUUAGAUAGAAAUUCACAAAUUAUGGAGUUUGACACAUAUAGAAGUCAUGAGCGCUUUUCACCUCCGAAAAUGUCAGAAGUUCCUGGGAUUGCUCAGGAGACUAUGAAUGCAUACAUGAAGGUCCAAUGGGGUGUGGAGAAGUUGAUGCAGAAGUAUACUGUGAAGGCCUGUGGUUACUGCUCGGAGGUUCACGUGGGUCCCUGUGGUCAUAAUGCAAAGCUUUGUGGGGAGUUUAAACAUCAGUGGAGGGAUGGAAAACACGGAUGGCAGGAUGCAACAGUGGAUGAAGUGUUUCCUCCCAACUAUGUUUGGCAUGUUCGGGAUCCAAAAGGGCCUCCUUUAAGGAGUGCGCUUAAAAGGUUUUAUGGAAAGAUACCUGCUGUAGUUGAAGUCUGUAGGCAGGCUGGAGCUCAUGUUCCCGAGAUAUACAAGCCGAUGAUGAGACUUGACAUUGUUGUCCCUGGAAAUGAUGAGGCUCGAUUGAUUUCGACUGAAGAAGGGAAUAAAGGGGAUGAAAAAAAGAGUCCCUGUUUCAAGUGGCGUGUUCUUAUUGCAUAUGAUGGCACCCGUUUUUCAGGUUGGCAAUAUCAGCCGUCAAUACCAACUGUUCAUCGUUCAUUGGAAGAGGCUUUAACUCGGAUUACAAAACUAAAUCGAGAGAACCUUGGUUUAGUCGGUGCAGGAAGAACUGAUGCAGGUGUUCACGCCUGGGGUCAGGUUGCACACUAUGUUACACCUUUCAACUUUGACAACCUAGAUAGUGUUCACAAAGCGUUAAAUGGUCUCCUUCCUGAAGAUAUCCGAGUUAGAGAAGUUAGUGCAGCUGUACCUGAAUUUCAUGCGCGUUUCUCUGCCACAAGAAAGAUUUAUCAGUACAAGAUAUUCCAUGGCUCCAUCAUGAAUCCGCUUCAGAGACAUUACGUUUAUCAUAGUGCGUACAAGCUCAAUGCCGACAUUAUGAGGGAAGCUGCUCAGCGUUUUGUUGGGACACAUGACUUUUCUGCUUUUUGCAAUGUAUCGCACAACGAUGGGAUUCCAGAUCCUGUCAAAAUAAUCUUUCGCUUUGACGUAAUUGAAAUGGGUCCUCUUUUGCAGCUUGAAGUCGAAGGAACAGGUUUUUUGUAUCGACAAGUCAGGAACAUGGUUGCGCUGUUGCUUCAAGUUGGAAAGGAAGCAGUUCCGUGUGAUAUAGUUUCAUUGAUUUUGGCAUCUCGGGACCCUUUGGUAGGCAUCAUAGCAUUAACAAAUCCAAACUGCAUUGUAUCUAAAUGUUUCAUGUCUCCUGGUGACUGUUCUUCUCCAGGUAAGAUGGAAGGUUCGUCAAAUUUGAACAAUGAGUUGAUGGAUUAUUCGUCAUCAUCUGACGAAGAGGAAUUGGAGGAAUGGAAGUUACUACGUAUGGUAAAAGCUCGCAAAACAAAAUUAAGCCAGACACCUUGUAGGACAUCAGCUUUGACCGGUCAUCAGUAUGUGAGGGAGGUGAUAUUUGGACAUCACGCUCGGAUUGUUCAAAAUUGUCGCAUCACGGUUGAUAUUUUUUCGAGACUGUGUGAUGUACUUCGAGAGGGAAAUUACCUGUCAGAGCACCACCAGCGACAAGUAUCUGUUGAGGAAGCUCUUGCUAUGUUUUUGAAUUUAACUGGCACAGACGGGCGAACAUGUGUGAUUUCAGAAAGAUUUCAGCAUUCAACAGAGACAGUUCAGCGAAACAUUGAUGAUGUAGUGCAAGCUUUGGUCCGAUUCUCAACAGUUAUCAUUGUACCUCGGAAUGAACAAGAGGUACAUCCAAGAAUAAGAAACAUCACGAAGUUUUAUCCUUGGUUCAAGGCCUCAGAGCAUUUGGAUAAUCCUAGCUUUCCAUACUCUGAUAAGGAUAUGCCAGAAUCUUUUUAUCAAAUUCCUGAGGUGCCUCUACCAGAGGAUUUGUCAUAUUCGGUUUCAUAUGUUCCUUCUAUGUUUAUCCCGGAUAUUCAUGAUUUCUCUCCUUUUGAUGAUGUCACUGAUUCUCCUAACUCUGUACUGGAUGUUAUUUUAUCAGACUCAGAAUCAAGUUUUAGGGAUAACAUUACUGUAGUUGAGAAUGAAAAUAUUGCUUUGUCUAGUCAGGUGAAUGGCAGUAUUCCCACACUGACUGUUUCUGAAAAUUCUGGACCUGGAUUGUUUACUGCUCAAAUGUAUUACUCUUCUGAUAAAUCUGUAUCUAGGAAGUCUCACUGUGAUUUUAAUCAAGUACUAAAUCAGGAGGAUAAGUUAGGUGGUAGACAAGUUAGAGAUCAAGAUGCUAGGUGUCUUCGCAAUUUCUUACAGCACAACCAUCUAGACGAGCUAAGGCACCUGGGAUGUUGGUUUACUUGGUCCAAUAAUCGUCAAGACUCUCAGUUAAUUUAUGAGAGAUUGGACAGGGCUUUUGCAACCUCAGAUUGGCAGCAGUACUUCAAUAGAGCAAUGGUGCAUAAUUUGCCUAUUGCAAACUCAGAUCAUGGCCCCCUUAUUCUGAGAAACCUGGCCAAAAGAAAAUUUGCAGAUCCAAUCUGUGCAGGAGAAGUUGUCCUACAAACUACAUGGAAGCCUUACAAAGCUGCAUACGUGGAGAAAAAAUCAUUUUGGGAGGAUGGUCGAUGGAAAAUACCUGUAAUUCAGAAUCUGUUUCCAUUCUCCAUUAUCCCUCACAUUACCAGGAUCUUUGUGGAUUCAACAAGGCGACAUCAUGAUGAUAGACUAAUCUGGACUAGAGAAAAACAUGAUAGCUACACUGUUAAGUCUGGAUACCAUGAAGCAAUUAACCUAUAUCAGCAACCACGGGUUACUAAUCAACCUGCUCAGGUUUUAAAUCAACCUAUGCAGGCCCCCAAUCCAUCCAUGGUUUGGAAAAAACUCUGGAACUCGCGAGUACAACCUAAACUGAAAAUGACUUUCUGGCGAGCAAUCUCAAAUGCAUUGCCAACAAGAACUGCAUUACAGAAGCGAGGCAUUCCAGUGUCUAGUACCUGUCCUUGA